AUGGCUGCGACGGUGCCGCCGGUGGCGCAUGUGUACUUUGGGAAGCCCAUGCUGCCGGAUGUGUCGAGGGUGCUUGCUUGCCUCUACGAGAAGGAUAUCGCCUUCGAGCUGGUGGACAUGUAUGAAGGCCACCGCAUGCCUGCAGACAUCCUCAAACUCCAGGCCACCAUGAGAGCUCCUGUCCCAGCCUUCAAAGACACAGACACAUUCUUACUAGAAUCCAGAGCCAUAUGUCGCUAUGUGUCAGAGAAGUAUGCAGAGCAUGGAAACAAGUACCUUCUCGGGAGGGAUCUACUCGACAGGGGAUCCAUCGAGCAAUGGCUGAAGACAGAGGAGCAGAGCUUCAACCCUCCGAGCUGGGCAUUAGUCUUCCACUUAGCGUUCGCCCCCCUGACAAAUGGCAAUGAACUGGAUCAAUCACUGGUCACCGAGAGCGAGAAGAUGCUGGGUAAUGUCCUGGAUGUGUAUGAGCAUAGGCUGAGAGAGAGCAAGUACCUUGCGGGCGAUGAAUUCACUCUGGCAGACCUGUCUCACCUCCCAAACACUCAUUACCUUGUCAACUCUAGGCAGUGGAACCACCUGUUUAAUUCGAGGAAGAACAUCCAGAGGUGGUGGGAGAAGAUCUCGAACAGGCCUUCGUGGACAAAGGUCGUGGAAAUGCUGAAUGAGGUUGAAACUCCAAAGUCAUCUGCUGCUGAAGAAGUUGCCACGGCUCGAGAGGCCAAAAUUAGUCAUCUUUCUCAAACUCCUGCAGCAGCUACAGCUUCUCAGACAAGUCCUCAAUCAACUCCAGUUGUUCCUCAAUCGACUCCUGAGGUCAAGACUAGUCCUCAGACAGCAGCUACAGCUUCUCAGGCAAGUCCUCAAUCAACUCCAGUUGUUCCUCGAUCGACUCCUGAGGUCAAGACUAGUCCUCAGACAGCAGCUACAGCUUCCCAGGCAAGUCCUCAAUCAACUCCAGUUGUUCCUCGAUCGACUCCUGAGGUCAAGACUAGUCCUCAGACAGCAGCUACAGCUUCUCAGGCCAGUCCUCAAUCAACUCCAGUUGUUCCUCAAUCGACUCCUGAGGUCAAGACUAGUCCUCAGACAGCAGCUACAGUUUCCCAGGCAAGUCCUCAAUCAACUCCAGUUGUUCCUCAAUCGACCCCUGAGGUCAAGACUAGUCCUCAGACAGCAGCUACAGCUUCUCAGACUUCUCCCCGGACUGCUGCGCCAGAACCAAGUAGCAAGCCAUCACUUGAACAGAAAUCAUCCAAAUCAUCUGCUGACAAACCAGAUUCAGCUAUUGACCAACAGAGCUCACCAAAAGGUCCAACAUCCAAUCUAAUCUCUCAAUCAGAACCUGCUACACAGCCAACACCUCAAUCACAACAAGGUGAUUCAUCAACUGCUAAACCAACAUCUGUUACCACUCAGUCAAACCAAAAAACAGAUACUCCUAUUGAUAACUCUGCCCCCGCAGGGACUUCAGAGCCCAAAGCAACCAGCCAGCCAGAUUCAACUGCUUCAUCGACUGCAUCAGACAAACCUAAUUCCCAGCCAUCUGGUGAUAAACCAGCAUCCUAAAAGUACUCUAGUGCUCAUCAGUCUCGAAGAUCCAAGUGGAAGAGCUCCUGGUCAGAUGAUUUCCAGCAACAUGCAGAUCCAAGCACUACAACGAAAUCUUUUUCCUGCACGCAGUCUCCUGCAGAUCCUGCCAAGAUAACGAAAGUAAUCGCUUACUUGACUCCAUCUUUUUGUCAAGACUUGCUUUUAGAGCUUCUCUUCCUGGAGUGAUUUAUUGUGGACAAUCGAGAACUUCUAUCUGUUCUUCUGGUUUUCUUGUUGAACAAUUGAAGAUAUUUGUUUAGUCACAAGAAGCUAUAGCUUUACAACCACACCAAAAAAAAUGAUUCAACAAGACCAAAACAGAUAUUAUAAUCCUGCUCAAAAGAUGUUGAAACCCAUAAAAGUCAAGCCACUCUUGCAAAUUAAGAUCCAGAAUAACAAUGAGAGUGUCAAGCACAUGAAACAACCCUCAGAUUCCUAACAAUGCUUUAAAGUUUAAACAUUAAGACUACAAUGUCAAGACUCCCAGGCAAAAUAAUAAUUAAAGGUGGUUCAAUCAUUCUAAAUAAGAAAAAGCAAACGUUCAAUUUUAGAUUUCCUGGUGAUGUUGAUUCUGUGCAAUCCGUAUCAGACAUGCUUAUUAAAAGAAAAAAGAACUGCAGGUGUGCUA